AUGAACCAAAUCAACAACAACGACGUGUUCCACAUGUUUAUCCUGUACCAACGUGUCGACUCUGACAGAGACCAAGAGGACAGCCAUGUUUUCAGCCAGAGCCGAGAUUCAGCCGUAAAAGACAAGAGGCGGUCGCCCCCCUCGAACAGAUCCCCCUCCGCCCAGCAACGCAACCCUCAUCACAGCGGCUCCACAGACGAGCAGGAGAGCCCCGAGAGGGUGGUGCAGAAGGAGAAGCUCCAUGCAGAGUUGAAGAAGGUGUUGAGUCAGAAGAGAAGUCACCUGAGAGAGUCGACCUGCCAACUGGCCCAACCAGAGAUGGAUUCAGAGCCCACAGAAGAACAAGCCAUCAUUGAGGAGGUCUCUAAGUUGGUAGAAAUCGUGGUGGAGACGGAGGCGGAGGCUGGAGCGAGCGGCUACAGUGUGACUGGUGGAGGACAGCGAGGGAUCUUCGUUAAAGAUGUCCUCAAAGACUCGCCAGCUGCUAAACAUCUCAGUCUACAGGAAGGUGACCAGCUGCUGAGUGCCAAGGUCUAUUUUGACAAUGUGAGGUAUGAAGACGCUCUGAAGAUCCUUCAGUGCGCUGAGCCUUACAAGGUCAGCUUCCAGGUGAAGAGGACCAUCCCUGGGGCAGAGGUCAGCGUGAGACCUCGAGUUCCCAGUGUGGAGGUCAAAGGCCCCAAAGCCAAGAUGGCCAAAAUGAGUGUGAAGGGCACAAAACCAUUCAAGACAAAGAAGAAGAGAGGUGGUCGUUUUGGUCUGAAGAGGCUGAAGGAGAGACGCAAAGAGGAGCUGGUGAUCGAGGGAACGCCCCCCAGGCUGGAGAUGAGCGACGUGGACGUGGAGUUUUCUCUCCCCAAAUUCAAACAGAGUAGGAGUGUGAAGGUGGAAGCCGGAGGAGCUGAAGGAGCCACAGCCAUGGGGAAGGCCAAGAAAAUCAGGUUUCCUGGCCUGAAAAUGAAGAGUCACGCGGGAACAGAGAAAGGAGGAAAAGUGGAAACAGGAAGAUUUGAGGGACAGGUGAACAUCUUGCAACCAGAGGUAUCCGGAGCUAAAGCAAAAACAAAAGGAAAGGGACACAAGUUUGGGAUCACCUUUCCAAAGAGCAAACACACAAAGACAAGCUCGGCUUUGGAAGUUGGAUCUGUGGAGCUCAAGCCCCCCACUGUGAACAUCCGGCCACCAUCAGUGGAGUUCAAUCUGUCUGUUGAUAAAGACAUUAAGGCGCCUGAUGUGGAGUUUGCACUGCCUUCAGGAAAAGCUGAGGCCUCUUUGCCUUCUGUGGAGGGAAAGGGAGAAGUCAAAGCUCCUAAAAUUGACAUCAAAGGAAGAGCUGAUGCAGAGGCGGCUGGGGGAAAAGUUGACGUAGACGUAGGCAAAGGAGAUGCAAAGCUAAGAAUGCCAAAGCUAAAACUACCCAAAGUUAGACUCUCGCGUCAUUCAGAUGAGAUAGAUGGUGACAUCAAGGUAAAAGCCAAGGGGAUAAAAGUUCCUCAAACUGACAUAACACCUCCAAAAGUUGAAAUCAAAGCAGGUGAGAUCAGUCUCCCUGAAGCAAAUAUAACCAAACCAAAGAUAGAAAGUAAUCCCACAGGAAAAGCUGCAUCUAUUCAAAUGCCUUCAGUUGAUAUUUCUUUACCAAAAUUAAAGGGAAAGUCUGACAUCGACAUCUCUCUACCUGAAUACGAAGGUGCUGGGAGGACAACAAUUAAAAUGCCAGCUGUUGACUUCUCUGUGCCAGAUGUUGAUGUGGAAAUGGACACCAAUCAAAGAAUUCCCGAUGAGGUGGAGGGCACAUUUAAAGGGCCCAAUAUCUCCAUGCCAAAGAUUGAUCUCUCCUUACCAAAGAUGGGAUCAUCCAGUGUAAAUAUCGAAGGUCCAGAAGGGGGAGGACAAUUCAAUCCACCCUCUGUUGAUAUCUCUCUCCCAAAAAUGAAAGCAGAAGUUGGAGACGUGAAUAUGGACUAUUAUGUUGGUGGAGAUGGGAAGUUCCAAAUGCCGGAUUUUGACGUUUCUUUGCCAAAAAUUAAGACGCCAGGAGAAGUAAAUACACAAGGGAAAGAAGUGGAGUGGGGCUUCAAGUUACCUAACGUAGACCUGACCCUACCCAAAGGCAAAGCAGGAACAACAGACAUUGAAGGAGGAGAAAGAUUUAAGUUACCAUCGUUUGAUAUCUCCCUCCCUAAAAUGAAGACAGGUGAGGUGGAAGCGGACAUUGUAGGGCCUGAAGUGAAAGGUGGUCAAUUUAAAAUGCCUACACUUGACAUUUCUCUUCCCGACGUACCCAAGCUUGAGGGUGGAGGUCAAAUCCAGAUGCCCUCUAUUGACAUAUCACUACCAAAAGGACCAGAGGUCAGAGGAAAAAUGGAAAUGCCAUCUAUUGAUUUCUCACGUCCAAAAGGAAAAAUAGAGGGAGAUGUUGAUAUUGACGGACAUGGAAGUAAAGGAGGAAAGUUUCACAUGCCUUCAAUUGAUAUCAGACCUCCAAAAAUAAAAACUAAGGACGUCAAUGUCGAUAUAGAAGGACCUGAAGUUCAAGGAGGAAAGUUCAAAAUGCCAUCACUUGAUAUUUCAGCACCUGAUAUAGGAACUCCUGGGAUAGAUGUCAACAUUGAAGGUCCAAAGGUGAAAGGAAGAAAGAUUGAAAUGCCAGACAUUGAUAUUUCACUCCCCAAAGGAAAGGCAGGAGGAAAAUUUGAAGUUGAAGGACUUUCUGGUAAAGGAGGAAAGUUACACAUGCCCUCACUUGACAUCUCUCUUCCUAAAAUGAAAGCUAAGGGACCUGAGAUAAACAUUGAAGGCCCAGAUGUUAAAGGUGGAAAGCUAAACAUGCCAUCACUUGAUGUUUCUUUGCCCAAAAUGAAAUCUCCUGACAUAGAUGUCAGCCUGCAGGGUCCUGAUGUCAAAGGAGGAAAGUUCAGCUUACCAAGUGUUGAUAUGUCACUUCCUAAAGGAAAACUAGAAGGGGACCUCGAUCUUGAAGGCCCUGAGGUGAAAGGAGGGAAAUUCAAAAUGCCAAAAUUUGAUGUCACUUUACCAAAAGUGAGUCUACCAAAGAUUGAUGCCAAUGUGGAAGGACCAGAUAUGAAAGGAAAAGUGGAAAUGCCAACAGUUGAUAUUUCACUCCCAAAAGGGAAAGCAGACGUGGAUAUUGACAUUGAUGGACCCAGUGGCAAAGGAGGCAAGUUUCACUUGCCUUCAUUUGACAUCUCUCUUCCUAAAAUGAAAUCUAAGGGAGCUGAUGUUGAUAUUGAAGGACCUGAACUCAGUGGUGAUAUUCAUCUCCCAGAAGGUAAAGUCGAGGGUGGCCUGAAUAUUCAAGGCCCUGAUGUAAAAGGAGGCACCUUUAAAAUGCCUAAAUUUGAUGUCUCGUUGCCUAAAAUGAAUCUCCCAGAAGGUAAUAUUAACCUAAAAGGCCCAGACAUCAAGGGUAAAAAGAUUGAAAUGCCAGACAUUGAUAUUUCCCUCCCCAAAGGAAAAGCAGGUGGAGAUAUUGAAAUUGGAGGACAUGCUGGAAAAGGAGGGAAAUUCCACAUGCCUUCACUUGACAUCUCUCUUCCUAAAAUGAAAGCUAAGGGACCUGAGAUAAAUCUUGAAGGCCCAGAUGUUAAAGGUGGAAAGCUAAACAUGCCAUCACUUGAUGUUUCUUUGCCCAAAAUGAAAUCUCCUGACAUAGAUGUCAGCCUGCAGGGUCCUGAUGUCAAAGGAGGAAAGUUCAGCUUGCCAAGUGUUGAUAUGUCACUUCCCAAAGGAAAACUAGAGGGGGACCUGAAUCUUGAAGGCCCUGAGAUGAAAGGAGGGAAAUUCAAAAUGCCAAAAUUUGAUGUCACUUUACCAAAAAUGAGUCUACCAAAGAUUGAUGCCAAUGUGGAAGGACCGGAUAUGAAAGGAAAAAUGGAAAUGCCAACAGUAGAUAUUUCACUCCCAAAAGGGAAAGCAGACGUGGAUAUUGACAUUGAUGGACCCAGUGGCAAAGGAGGCAAGUUUCACAUGCCUUCAUUUGACAUCUCUCUUCCUAAAAUGAAAGCUAAGGGACCUGAGAUCAAUAUUGAAGGCCCUGAUGUUAAAGGUGGAAAGCUAAACAUGCCAUCACUUGAUGUUUCUUUGCCCAAAAUUAAAUCUCCUGAUGUAGAUGUCAGCCUACAAGGUCCUGAUGUCAAAGGAGGAAAGUUCAGCUUGCCAAGUGUUGAUAUGUCACUUCCCAAAGGAAAACUAGAGGGUGACUUAAAUCUUGAAGGCCCUGAGGUGAAAGGAGGGAAAUUCAAAAUGCCAAAAUUUGAUGUCACUUUACCAAAAGUGAGUUUACCAAAGAUUGAUGCCAAUGUGGAAGGACCAGAUAUGAAAGGAAAAGUGGAAAUGCCAACAGUUGAUAUUUCACUCCCAAAAGGGAAAGCAGACGUGGAUAUUGACAUUGAUGGACCCAGUGGCAAAGGAGGCAAGUUUCACUUGCCUUCAUUUGACAUCUCUCUUCCUAAAAUGAAAUCUAAGGGAGCUGAUGUUGAUAUUGAAGGACCUGAAUUUAGGGGUGAUAUUCAUCUCCCAGAAGGUAAAGUCGAGGGUGACCUGAAUAUUCAAGGCCCUGAUGUAAAAGGAGGCACCUUUAAAAUGCCUAAAUUUGAUGUCUCAAUGCCUAAAAUGAAUCUCCCAGAAGGUAAUAUUAACUUCAAAGGCCCAGACAUCAAGGGUAAAAAGAUUGAAAUGCCAGACAUUGAUAUUUCCCUCCCCAAAGGAAGAGCAGGUGGAGAUAUUGAAAUUGGAGGACAUGCUGGAAAAGGAGGGAAAUUCCACAUGCCUUCACUUGACAUCUCUCUUCCUAAAAUGAAAGCUAAGGGACCUGAGAUAAACAUUGAAGGCCCAGAUGUUAAAGGUGGAAAGCUAAACAUGCCAUCACUUGAUGUUUCUUUGCCCAAAAUGAAAUCUCCUGACAUAGAUGUCAGCCUGCAGGGUCCUGAUGUCAAAGGAGGAAAGUUCAGCUUGCCAAGUGUUGAUAUGUCACUUCCCAAAGGAAAACUAGAGGGUGACCUGAAUCUUGAAGGCCCUGAGAUGAAAGGAGGGAAAUUCAAAAUGCCAAAAUUUGAUGUCUCUUUACCAAAAAUGAGUCUACCAAAGAUUGAUGCCAAUGUGGAAGGACCAGAUAUGAAAGGAAAAAUGGAAAUGCCAACAGUUGAUAUUUCACUCCCAAAAGGGAAAGCAGACGUGGAUAUUGACAUUGAUGGACCCAGUGGCAAAGGAGGCAAGUUUCACAUGCCUUCAUUUGACAUCUCUCUUCCUAAAAUGAAAGCUAAGGGACCUGAGAUAAAUAUUGAAGGCCCAGAUGUUAAAGGUGGAAAGCUAAACAUGCCAUCACUUGAUGUUUCUUUGCCCAAAAUGAAAUCUCCUGACAUAGAUGUCAGCCUGCAGGGUCCUGAUGUCAAAGGAGGAAAGUUCAGCUUGCCAAGUGUUGAUAUGUCACUUCCCAAAGGAAAACUAGAGGGUGACUUAAAUCUUGAAGGCCCUGAGGUGAAAGGAGGGAAAUUCAAAAUGCCAAAAUUUGAUGUCACUUUACCAAAAGUGAGUCUACCAAAGAUUGAUGCCAAUGUGGAAGGACCGGAUGUGAAAGGAAAAGUGGAAAUGCCAACAGUGGAUAUUUCACUCCCAAAAGGGAAAGCAGACGUGGAUAUUGACAUUGAUGGACCCAGUGGCAAAGGAGGCAAGUUUCACUUGCCUUCAUUUGACAUCUCUCUUCCUAAAAUGAAAUCUAAGGGAGCUGAUGUUGAUAUUGAAGGACCUGAACUCAGUGGUGAUAUUCAUCUCCCAGAAGGUAAAGUCGAGGGUGGCCUGAAUAUUCAAGGCCCUGAUGUAAAAGGAGGCACCUUUAAAAUGCCUAAAUUUGAUGUCUCAAUGCCUAAAAUGAAUCUCCCAGAAGGUAAUAUUAACUUCAAAGGCCCAGACAUCAAGGGUAAAAAGAUUGAAAUGCCAGACAUUGAUAUUUCCCUCCCCAAAGGAAGAGCAGGUGGAGAUAUUGAAAGUGGAGGACAUGCUGGAAAAGGAGGGAAAUUCCACAUGCCUUCACUUGACAUCUCUCUUCCUAAAAUGAAAGCUAAGGGACCUGAGAUAAAUAUUGAAGGCCCAGAUGUUAAAGGUGGAAAGCUAAACAUGCCAUCACUUGAUGUUUCUUUGCCCAAAAUGAAAUCUCCUGACAUAGAUGUCAGCCUGCAGGGUCCUGAUGUCAAAGGAGGAAAGUUCAGCUUGCCAAGUGUUGAUAUGUCACUUCCCAAAGGAAAACUAGAGGGGGACCUGAAUCUUGAAGGCCCUGAGAUGAAAGGAGGGAAAUUCAAAAUGCCAAAAUUUGAUGUCACUUUAACAAAAAUGAGUUUACCAAAGAUUGAUGCCAAUGUGGAAGGACCAGAUAUGAAAGGAAAAAUGGAAAUGCCAACAGUGGAUAUUUCACUCCCAAAAGGGAAAGCAGACGUGGAUAUUGACAUUGAUGGACCCAGUGGCAAAGGAGGCAAGUUUCACAUGCCUUCAUUUGACAUCUCUCUUCCUAAAAUGAAAGCUAAGGGACCUGAGAUAAAUCUUGAAGGCCCUGAUGUUAAAGGUGGAAAGCUAAACAUGCCAUCACUUGAUGUUUCUUUGCCCAAAAUGAAAUCUCCUGACAUAGAUGUCAGCCUGCAGGGUCCUGAUGUCAAAGGAGGAAAGUUCAGCUUACCAAGUGUUGAUAUGUCACUUCCUAAAGGAAAACUGGAGGGUGACUUAAAUCUUGAAGGCCCUGAGGUGAAAGGAGGGAAAUUCAAAAUGCCAAAAUUUGAUGUCUCUUUACCAAAAGUAAGUCUACCAAAGAUUGAUGCCAAUGUGGAAGGACCAGAUAUGAAAGGAAAAAUGGAAAUGCCAACAGUGGAUAUUUCACUCCCAAAAGGGAAAGCAGACGUGGAUAUUGACAUUGAUGGACCCAGUGGCAAAGGAGGCAAGUUUCACUUGCCUUCAUUUGACAUCUCUCUUCCUAAAAUGAAAUCUAAGGGAGCUGAUGUUGAUAUUGAAGGACCUGAAUUUAGGGGUGAUAUUCAUCUCCCAGAAGGUAAAGUCGAGGGGGACCUGAAUAUUCAAGGCCCUGAUGUAAAAGGAGGCACCUUUAAAAUGCCUAAAUUUGAUGUCUCGUUGCCUAAAAUGAAUCUCCCAGAAGGUAAUAUUAACUUCAAAGGCCCAGACAUCAAGGGUAAAAAGAUUGAAAUGCCAGACAUUGAUAUUUCCCUCCCCAAAGGAAAAGCAGGUGGAGAUAUUGAAAUUGGAGGACAUGCUGGAAAAGGAGGGAAAUUCCACAUGCCUUCACUUGACAUCUCUCUUCCUAAAAUGAAAGCUAAGGGACCUGAGAUAAAUAUUGAAGGCCCAGAUGUUAAAGGUGGAAAGCUAAACAUGCCAUCACUUGAUGUUUCUUUGCCCAAAAUGAAAUCUCCUGACAUAGAUGUCAGCCUGCAGGGUCCUGAUGUCAAAGGAGGAAAGUUCAGCUUACCAAGUGUUGAUAUGUCACUUCCCAAAGGAAAACUAGAGGGUGACCUGAAUCUUGAAGGCCCUGAGAUGAAAGGAGGGAAAUUCAAAAUGCCAAAAUUUGAUGUCUCUUUACCAAAAAUGAGUCUACCAAAGAUUGAUGCCAAUGUGGAAGGACCAGAUAUGAAAGGAAAAAUGGAAAUGCCAACAGUAGAUAUUUCACUCCCAAAAGGGAAAGCAGACGUGGAUAUUGACAUUGAUGGACCCAGUGGCAAAGGAGGCAAGUUUCACAUGCCUUCAUUUGACAUCUCUCUUCCUAAAAUGAAAGCUAAGGGACCUGAGAUAAAUAUUGAAGGACCUGAUGUUAAAGGUGGAAAGCUAAACAUGCCAUCACUUGAUGUUUCUUUGCCCAAAAUGAAAUCUCCUGACGUAGAUAUCAGCCUGCAGGGUCCUGAUGUCAAAGGAGGAAAGUUCAACUUGCCAAGUGUUGAUAUGUCACUUCCCAAAGGAAAACUAGAGGGGGACCUGAAUCUUGAAGGCCCUGAGAUGAAAGGAGGGAAAUUCAAAAUGCCAAAAUUUGAUGUCUCUUUACCAAAAAUGAGUCUACCAAAGAUUGAUGCCAAUGUGGAAGGACCAGAUAUGAAAGGAAAAAUGGAAAUGCCAACAGUUGAUAUUUCACUCCCAAAAGGGAAAGCAGACGUGGAUAUUGACAUUGAUGGACCCAGUGGCAAAGGAGGCAAGUUUCACUUGCCUUCAUUUGACAUCUCUCUUCCUAAAAUGAAAUCUAAGGGAGCUGAUGUUGAUAUUGAAGGACCUGAACUCAGUGGUGAUAUUCAUCUCCCAAAAGGUAAAGUUGAGGGUGACCUGAAUAUUCAAGGCCCUGAUGUAAAAGGAGGCACCUUUAAAAUGCCUAAAUUUGAUGUCUCAAUGCCUAAAAUGAAUCUCCCAGAAGGUAAUAUUAACCUAAAAGGCCCAGACAUCAAGGGUAAAAAGAUUGAAAUGCCAGACAUUGAUAUUUCCCUCCCCAAAGGAAAAGCAGGUGGAGAUAUUGAAAUUGGAGGACAUGCUGGAAAAGGAGGGAAAUUCCACAUGCCUUCACUUGACAUCUCUCUUCCUAAAAUGAAAGCUAAGGGACCUGAGAUAAAUCUUGAAGGCCCAGAUGUUAAAGGUGGAAAGCUAAACAUGCCAUCACUUGAUGUUUCUUUGCCCAAAAUGAAAUCUCCUGACAUAGAUGUCAGCCUGCAGGGUCCUGAUGUCAAAGGAGGAAAGUUCAGCUUGCCAAGUGUUGAUAUGUCACUUCCCAAAGGACAACUAGAGGGUGACUUGAAUCUUGAAGGCCCUGAGAUGAAAGGAGGGAAAUUCAAAAUGCCAAAAUUUGAUGUCUCUUUGCCAAAAGUGAGUUUACCAAAGAUUGAUGCCAAUGUGGAAGGACCAGAUAUGAAAGGAAAAAUGGAAAUGCCAACAGUAGAUAUAUCACUCCCAAAAGGGAAAGCAGACGUGGAUAUUGAUAUUGAUGGACCCAGUGGCAAAGGAGGCAAGUUUCACAUGCCUUCAUUUGACAUCUCUCUUCCUAAAAUGAAAGCUAAGGGACCUGAGAUAAAUAUUGAAGGACCUGAUGUUAAAGGUGGAAACAUUGACAUGCCAAGUAUUGACAUUGCACUUCCCGGAGGAAAGGCUGAAGGCAACCUUAAUAUUCACGGCCCUGAGGUAAAGGGUAGCAAAUUCAAAAUGCCCAAUGUUGAUGUUUCUCUUCCAAAGUUGAACCUACCUGAAGGAGAUUUCAAAUUUGAAGGAUCAGAGAUGAAGGGAGGAAAGAUUGUAAUGCCCGCUAUUUCAGUUCCAGAGGGAAGUGUCGAGGGUGAUAUCAAUAUCACAGGACCAUCAGGAAAGUUUGGAGAGCCAACAGUUGAACUAUCUGGUAAAAAGGGUGGUGGGCUCCACUUGCCAACAGUUGACAUAGAGUUCCCCAGAUUUGAUCUUGACUUUAGCGUACCCUCUGGUCUGAAAGACAAAAGCCUCAAAGCCCAUGGUCCCGAUGGGUCAGGGAAGUUGGAGGUGUCUGGUCUCAAAGGAGAUGUUAAGCCAGCCAAGUUGAAACUUAAGGGUGCAGACAUUGAGACAGAUGGUGUAGAAGGUCAAAGUGCAUCACUUAAACUUCCCACAGUCAAACUUCCAUCAGUGGACAUCUCAGCUCCAAAAGUGGAUCUAGACUUUGGACUUAACAAACCUAAAGGUGAUGAUGUGGAAGUAGAGCUCCUGAAAGCAGAGGGAGGCAGGCCUUCUUCAGGGGGCAGCUUUGAUCUACCCAAUGUCAACCUCAAGUUCCCCAGUUUUACACUGCCUAGAUUUGGUGGAAAGUCCAAGAGUGGUGGUUUGGAGAUAUCAGGAAAAAGUCCAAAAGGAGACAUUUCCCUUAGCCCACCACAUGUGGAAGGUCAGAUUAGGGCACCAUCUGUAGAGUUUGAUGGGGAUGGAAAAGUCAAGGUGAAGAAAUCUAAAAUCAAAAUGCCUUCGUUUGGUUGGUCAAAAAAGGAUGCAGAUGUAUCUGUGUCUUGUCCUGACGUGGAUGUUAGAAUGAAAAAGGGGAAAAUUGACAUUCCUAAACCUGACAUCAAUGUUGAGGGCCCAAACGAUGAAUCAAAACAUAAAGUGAAAUUUCCCAAGUUUAAAAUAUCAUCACCAAAAGGUCAACUGCCAGAAGCAGAGGUUGACGCAAAAGAGGAAGCAGAUAUUGAGGGGAAAGGUGGCUUCCAUGCACCCGAUGUCACGAUUAAACUACCAAAAUUCUCAAUGCCAAAAUUUGGCUCUAAAGAAAAAGCUUUAGGUAAGUCAGGUGGUAACCUUGAUGCUAAGGCCAAAGUCAAGAUGCCCUCUGUAGAGCUUUCACUUCCAGAAGCUAAAACACCUGAUACUGAGGUUCUUAUUCCCAAAGCAGAAGUUGAUGUUUCAGACGCUGAUAUCAGAGGUUAUGAGGGAAACCUUAAAAUUCCUAAAAUGCCGACUAUUGACCUUUCAAUCCCCAAAAUUGACCUUGAUGUGUCUCUGCCAAAAGUAAAGCAUGAAGCGAGAGCUGAUGGAGUGGAAGGAAAAUUGAAGAUGCCAGAUAUUAAAAUGACAAAUGUUGAUUUGUCGCUUCCUAAAUGGAAAACAGAUGAUAUUGAAGGCACUCACAUUGGAGCCAGCGCAGAAGGGGGGAAAUUCAAAAUGCCUAAAAUCACUAUGCCUGACUUAGAUCUAUCCUUUCCAAAGGGUAAGUCCCCAAAGAUUGAAGGACCCGAAGUGGAAUUAAAAGGAGGUGAAGGAAAAUUCAAAAUGCCUAACAUAACAAUGCCAUCAAUAGACAUGUCCCUUCCCAAAGGAAAACCUGGAGACCUAGAUGCCCCAGGCAUUGAAAUAGAUGGUGAUGGAGGUGGCAAAUUUAAGAUGCCUCAUGUCAAAAUGCCGGAUGUUGACAUUUCCUUGCCAAAGAUAAACACUGGAUUAAUUGGCUCUCCAGAUGUGGAUGUAGAAGGAGAAGGAGGUAAAUUCAGAAUGCCUGGCAUCAAAAUGCCAAACAUUGACUUAUCUCUGCCCAAAGGAAAGACCGGUAAAUUAGAGGGACCUGAUGCUGAAAUUGAAGGAAGGGGAAAGAUAAAGAUGCCACAUGUCAAAAUGCCAAACGUUGACAUUCACCUGCCAAAAAUGAAAACCGCCAAUGUUGAUGUACCUGAUCUUGACGCAAAGGCUGGGGGAGGAGGAGCCAAAUUUAAAAUGCCCCAUUUAAAUAUGCCCUCUGUGGAUAUUUCACUGCCCAAAGCAAAGAUUGACAGUCCUGAAGUUGAAAUAGAUGGAGGUAGUGGAGGGAAGUUCAAAAUGCCUCAAUUGAAAAUGCCAGAUAUUGAUAUCUCUGUGCCAAAAGGAAAGAUUGAAGGUCCAGAGGUGGAGCUCAAAGGGGAGGGUGGAAAAUUCAAGAUGCCACAUCUCAGCAUGCCUUCUGUUGAUAUUUCACUACCCAAAGGAAACAUUGAAGGUCCAGAAGUUGAAAUAGAGGGAGGUACAGGAGGAAAGUUCAAAAUGCCUCAAUUAAAAAUGCCAGAUAUUGAUUUAUCUGUACCAAAAGCAAAUAUUGAAGGUCCUGAGGUUGAGCUCAAAGGGGAGGGUGGAAAAUUUAAGAUGCCACAUCUCAGCAUGCCUUCUGUUGAUAUUUCCCUACCCAAAGGAAAAGUUGAAGGUCCAAAAGUUGAAGUUGAGGGAGGUCAUGGAGGAAAGUUUAAAAUGCCUCACAUGAAAAUGCCAAAUGUUGAUGUGUCUCUGCCAAAAGGAAAGUUUGAAAGUCCAGAGGUGGAGCUCAAAGGGGAAGGUGGGAAAUUCAAGAUGCCACAUCUCAGCAUGCCUUCUGUUGAUAUUUCACUGCCCAAAGGAAAGAUGGAAGUUCCAAAUGUGGAAAUGGAGGGAGAAACAAGCGGAAAGUUCAAAAUGCCUCACAUGAAAAUGCCAAAUGUUGAUGUGUCUCUGCCCAAAGGAAAGUUUGAAGGUCCAGAGGUUGAAAUUGAUAAAGGUGCAGGAGGAAAAUUUAAAAUGCCACAUCUCAGUAUGCCUUCAGUUGAUAUUUCAUUACCUAAAGGAAAGAUUGAAGGUCCAGAUGUUGAAUUCAAGGGACGUGGAGAAGGAGAAUUCAAAAUGCCUGGUAUGAAGAUGAAAGAUGUUGACAUUUAUCUUCCUAAGGGAAAGAUUGAAGGUCCAGAUGUUGAAAUAGAAGGAGGUACUGGGGGAAAAUUCAAAUUACCUCAUAUGAAAAUGCCAGAUGUUGACAUCUCUCUACCCAAAGGAAAAUCUAGCAAAAUUGAAGGAGCAGAGUUUGAGGUUGAGGGAGGCGGAGGCCAAAUGAAAUUGCCACACAUGACAAUGCCUUCAGUAGACUUUUCACUGCCAAAAGGAAAGGUUGAAGGUCCCAAAGUUGAAGUCAAGGGUGAGUCAGGAAAGUUCAAGAUGCCAAAGAUUGAUAUAUCUCUUCCUAAAGGCAAACCUUCGAUCCAAGGCCCAGAGAUAGAGAUUAAGGGAGAUGAGGGGCAGUUCAAGACUCCAAAUGUGGCUAUAUCUCUACCUAAAGGAAAAACAAAUAUCAACACACAAGAGGUGGAAAUUGGGGCAGAAGGAGGAGCUGUCACGCUGCCAUAUAUCAAGAUGCCAAAGGUUGACAUUUCACUUCCUAAAGGUAAAAGUAAAGAUACUGAAGCACCUACAAUGGAGAUGGAUUUCAGAGGAGGAAAGAUCAAAGGCCCCGAUGUUAAACUUUCUAAGGGGACGAUACCAAUGGAAAAAUCAAGUGGUGUGGAGAUCAACUUACCAACCAUUGAGACAGGAGGGGAAACCAAAGUGCCAAAAGUCACAUCACCCGAUCUGGACAUGGAUGUAACACUUUCUAAACCGAAUCAAGGCACAGUUGUUGAGGGAGAGAACAAAGGCCUAAAACUUAAGAUACCAACAAUAGAUAUCAAAGUUCCAAAGGGAGACCUUGAGCUUGAUAUAGGACUGCAAAGAAGGGAGGGCAAGAAGGACAGGAAAAAAGUUGAACUACCUGAAUUUGAGCUCCACACAACAGAACCCAGCAGCAAAGCGAAGGGUGCAAAAGUUAAAGGGACAAGAUUCAACAUUGGAAUGCCAAAAAAGAAAAAUGGCAAGGAUUUGGCAGCAGAGGUUAAACCUGAAACCCACAACGGACAUAAUGAAAACAAAUAUCGUAUUAACAUCCCAGUGCCAGGGGUUAUUUCAUCAAGUGUACAAGGCUCAGCCAGCUCAGUAACAGAAGAAGAGGGUGGUCUCUCCUCCAGAGCAGAAAUCAAAGUCCCCAGGAUUCCAGAUAUAGAUUUUGAUAUAGGUACGUCACAGGAUGAAGAUGAAGAUAAAACAGAAACAGGCAAGAAAAUCAAAAUCCCCAAGUUUGGUGUUCCACUGCCCUCGAUAUCCCCCAAGGGAAGACGGAAUAUCUAUGGGCAAGAAAUUCAGUAUGAGGGUCCCAAGAUGCCCAAAGUAAAGAAGGCUGUUUUUGUCUUGGUAAAUCCUCCAACAGAUGAACCUGCUGCACGCUCAGGCUGCCUAGAAGAGGAGUCAACGACAGAGGACCUCGAAGUGAAGAUGCCCAAGAUCAAAAUGAAGCCAAGUUUUGGGAAGUCCAAAGAUAAAUCAGCUUCAAUGGGCACAGAGAAAGAGUGGGUGGAAGGGGAGAAGUUAACGGGGGGGGAAAUGACAGUUCCCCAAGUUAAUCUUCCAAAGAUAAAGCUCAGCUCUCCAUAUGGCAAAAUGGCUGCAGGGGAGGAGGACACUGAAAUGAGUGUGAAACUAGGAAAGGAUUUGUCAUCCGUAGAAGUGGGGGAAUCCAGCGGACUUGCAUUUAAAACCGGCAAGAUGGGCUCGGCUGGUUUUAGCGAGGAGCUCUCCAAGGAAGUGGUAUCAUCUCUUGCCAGAACAGAUAUGCUGGACAGGGACAGCUCAGACUCGCCCUCAAGUUUGACCAUGGAGUUCAGCUCUACGAAGGUCCAGUCUUGGAGCGAGGUUGAAAGCAAAAGCUGGGAGUCUGAAGAAAAAGAGUCUUCCCCCUGGUUCAAGGUUCCUAAGUUCACCCUGAAGCCACACUCCACAGGCUUCCUCCAGAUAACUCCAGAGGGUUCUCCUCAGGCCCAGAGGAAGGGGGAGGUGGCAGGCGAGGUCGAUGUCUCGGGGUCUUUCUGCCUCCACACCUCAGAGCACAGCUUCACCACCCAGGAAAUGCCCGAAGAACACCAAGUCUCCUCCACAGAGGAGGGAACUCUCACCAUGGUGACCAAAACCACCAGAAUCACCCGGCAAGUCGUCACCACCGAAACACGAUCAGGCGAAUCUUCGACAACCACAACGUCACCACACAAGGCGUUGGACUUUGACUACUGAGGAUGCUGUAAUGAUAUCUUAAAUGUCUUUGAAUUGUGUUGUUUUUCUUUGGUGAGGGUGCAGUGUAAGCUGAGCCUGCAAAGUGGAAAACAUUGUCAACAUAAAAGUCUUUAUUUUAUAUUUUAACAGUUGAGGAAAAUUGAGAUGAGAAAAAUUACAUUUCAUCUUUGAGCAUUUUUGUCAUUACAGCAGCAACAGAGUAAUAUAUAUAAAUCUUUUUUUUUGUUACUGUUCUUUGAGUUUCGUUAGUUUAGUCCUAAUUAUUUAUCAGUUUUGUUUGGUUUUUCAGGUUUCUCUCUAAAUGUAAACAUGUGGUGUUGCUUCAUUAUUUAUUGUUGUUUGUGGGUUCAACUUAUACUGUAAUGAGUCAUUGACAAGCAUCAGCAUCAUGGCUUCCACCAUGACUUUAUAGAGCAGUACAGGCCAGAGUAAUAUUCAUGUAUAUACAACUUUAUAAAUGAUUUUUUUGAGCAGUAUCCCCUCAAUUUGAAAUGUAAUUAUUUUCAUAUCUACCAGUACAAAUAAUCUUUUUGUUUUUUGGCUGGAUAACUUAUCGUGUUUCUCUUGAAAGAGAAGAGUGAGCUUUUUGAGAUUUUAGGCUUUUCUCAUUUUCUUGCCAUAGUUUUAUAUUUUGAGCAUUUAUCUGGUGCUGUGAGGUAGUCACAGUUAGUGAGCGAGACACUCUGGACUCUAAUCUGCUGUGGGGAUCAAACCUGUGACCCUCUCGUCAAAGGCUGUUCUCUAAAAUGUAGGCCACCCUGCUGCUAAUGUAUUUUAUAUUUAUGUUUAUACUGUACACUGCGAGGAGAAUAUCGGUGCUGUUUGGCACUUAAACAAAAUCAGUGAAAAGGACCUUGGUAGUGUAAACUGUUAAACAUUUGAUCUCACUACCUAAAUAAUUUUCUCUCUGGGCAGAUGUUAUCAUUACACUGCUACAAUGUCAGACCUAGUGAUUGGAGAGUGGUCUGGUCUCAAAGCCAUCCCCUAUAAAAUAGAUCCUCGGUAGCAAAGAAAGAGGUCAAUAGGGGACUCAGGCACAACUAUAAUGUUUUUACACGAGAACAUUAAACACAACCCUGAGACAAGAGUAUUGUUAUGUCGAGGUAACACACAAUGAGUAGUAUCUAUGUGUAAUAGAGAUGUUUUACUUCUCUGGUUUUAACAAUUCUUCAAAGUUCUCUUAGAUGAUAAGGGUUUCAGUGCCAAGUGUUUCUGUCAGAGCUGAUUUUGAGAGGAUGUUUGUUAAAAUAAAAUUAUAUUCACAUGAAAAAGA